UAACACAAUCAUCUUCAGUCUUAUAAAUUGUAAUUUGUGUAACUACUUUUCAACAGAAAUUCAGACAUGAUCCACCGAUGUAGUAGUACCUAGUAUCAAUAGUAGAUGAGAUUACUCUCGGAUCAGAAGACUGCAAGAUGCAUAAAUGGGUUCUAUCUAUUUCUUAUGUCAACUUAGUUUAAGCCAAGGUAGAAAGUACAAUAAGCAGAGAAAGUGAGAGAAGAAAAAAAAACAGACAGAAUAAAAAAAAGAGGAAGAAGAAGAAGAAGAAGAAAACGAACAAAAACCCAAUAAGCAGCGAUCGAUGCUUUUAAUAAAACAAAGAAGAGUGAAAAAAGCAUUCGGCUUCUAAAGGGCAAAUACGAACAAAGCCCACGACGACGCCGAGAAAUCAUUUGUGUUUGGUCGGAACAACAAGUUUACUUCUUCUUUUUGUGUUCGGUCCUUCUUUUUUUUGUCGCUUGUCUGAAUUUCUGGGUCAAUCUUGGGCAAAAAAAAAAAACAAGGUUAUUCCUUUUUGUUCUCUCAAUUCAAUCUUCCAACAACACUUGUUGUUGUAUCUCUGCUUCCAAAGCUUGGGGUCCCGCUUCCCUCAUUCCCUCGCUUCAUUUCGAAUUCGUUGCUCUGUUCUCAAGCACGAAUCUUUUUUUCCUUCUUCUUCCUCAAACUCCACUGAUCUCGAUUUGCUCCAGCUGUAAUUCUCAAAGUUGUUAGCUUUACGAAUUGGGCGUGAAAGAGAAAUGCUGGAUUGCUCUGCUCUGAUUCAGUUUCGUCUUGGAAGUUGGUAACUUUUGAGCGCUAGGGUUUGUAGUAUUAUCCUGAUACUGAAUCAGCCAAAGGUGGAAACUUUAAGGUUGUUAGUGUGAGCUGGGUAGUAGAUGAUGAUGAUGAUGAUGAUCUCUGUUCUCUAGGGUUUUGGUUUUGGGAGGAGGAUAUGAGAUUUGGAUUUGCAUUGUACAGCUCCUAGAUUUACCAGUUCUAGGGUUGGAUUUGUAGCAAAAGCCUUCAGCUAAGUUCUUGAAAUGCUUCUGGAUGAGAAGUUAUAAUAAGUUAAUGAGUUGGAUGUAUUGGUGUGAAGGGUAACUAGCCUCUGAUUGUUUCCAUCGGGUUUCUAGUUUUGAAGAAGAAGAAAGAAGCACAAAGAGAGAGAAGUAUGCAAGGUGCUGAAGAUCAUCACAGGAUUGAUCUGGCUGAGCUGAAACUGCAUAUAGUGAAGAAGAUUGGUGUUGAGAGAUCCAGAAGAUACUUUUAUUACUUGGGUAGGUUUCUGAGUCAGAAGCUUACCAAGGUUGAGUUUGAUAAGUCAUGUCACCGUCUUUUGGGAAGGGAGAAUCUUCCUCUACACAACAAGCUGAUUCACUCCAUCUUGAAGAAUGCAUCUCUUGCUAAAUCCCCACCAUUUCAAAAAGCCAAAUCUUUGGUGCUUGGGAAAGAAGAUAGACCUCAACAAAGCGGAUCUCUCAUCCCUAACCAUAAUCCGGUUUUGUCAAAUGGGGCGUUACACAAGGUUCGGUCUGGAACGUGUGAUAGGCCUAGUCCACUUGGGCCUAACGGAAAGGUUGAUACUCAGUUGCAUCAGCCACUUUGGAGAGAAGACAAAAGCAGUAAUAGAUAUAAAGAGAACGGUGACGUUGGACCUGUUGCUUAUCAUAGUUCAGGUCCAGAUUCUGGUGAACGAGGCGGUCCAUUACCUUAUCAUAGUAAAGGUAAGGUCACAGCACAAGUUAUCAGAGAUGAUGAUGUAGCUCAAGAGGAGCGAGGUAGAUUGGUUCUUUCCAAGAAUCCUGUAAUGGCACCUCUAGGGAUUAUUCCAUUCAGUGGGACCCGGAGAACAGUUCCAGCGUCGACCAGGGGUGACUUCAUAACUUGCUAUGACAGUGGUGGAUUAUCAGAGACAGAGAUGCUGAGAAAAAGGAUGGAGAGUAUUGCAGCAGCACAGGGUCUAGGAGGGGUUUCAGCGGAGUGUUCCACUAUGUUAAAUAACAUGUUGGACUUGUACUUGAAGAAACUGGUCAAGUCAUGCGUUGAUUUGUCUGGAGCUCGGUCCAAGCCUGGAAACCAAAGUUUAGACAAACCGCAGAGCCGAGAGAAGAUUGUGAAUGGGAUGUGGCCGAGUAACCAACCGUCUGAGAUAACGCAAGAACAGCAGCAGCCGGUGUCUUUGCUUGAUUUUAGAGCUGCGAUGGAGCUAAAUCCACAUCAACUUGGCGAAGACUGGCCACUGCUUCUGGAGAAAAUUAGCAUGCGUUCAUUUGAAGAAAGAGAAGGGGUGUGAAUGAAAAUGUUUUGGGAUGUUGGAUAUUGCAAAUUGUCUGAGUAAAGCUGCUCUUGUCCCAAAGAAACUGGUUUUGGUCCAGUGGAGCUGAUGGCUGAGAGACACGUCUAUGUUCUGCAGCGGCAGGCUCGGGGCAGGUUAGUAGAUAUUUCCAAAUGCAGCUCAAGAUCAAAGAACCGUAUUUGAAUGCAAAAUACGUGUUGUUGUUAAGAACAGUAGCCAUCCCAGCGAGUUUCAAGAUCUGUGAGGCUGAUAAGGGAAUCAAGGGAGAGAGUUUUGGAAGAGAUAACUUUGGGUUUGAGGUGGGAGCAAGUGAGAACAUUGUUGUCCCUGCACAAAACUUAUUUUCAUCAAGAGAUCCAAAUAACCAGGCAAUAGGCGAGAAGCGGAAGUAACACACACAGGAAGUUGUGUCGUUAGAUAAAAGAGAGUUAAAGAGAAUACAGGCCAGAGAGAGUCAAAGCCAAGCCGGUGUGAAAUUUGUAUAUGUACACAAAGCAAAUGGUGAAGCCCUUUUUAGGCGGGUUCCAUUGUUGUUCACAGGCUCUGAUUGAAAGAAAUACUACAAGGAACGAGGAGA